AUGACUUCCAAAGCCCUGGUCCCUCUGCUGAUCAGCUUGAUGCUGUUGACCGGCGUCUGCAACACACUGCUCACCAAGUACCAGGAUAACAUAUGUGUACGCAACUGCGAAGACCCGAGCCCCAAGAAACGCCACAACUUCGAGCAGCCCGUCGUCCAAACGAUCCAGAUGUUCAUGGGCGAGAUGGGCUGCUGGCUCUUCGUCGGCGCCUUCUCCCUCUACAGCCGCUACGUCUCCAAGACCCCAUCCGCGCAAGAGAACGGAUACACGGCUGUACAUACGGACGAGCGCAGCAUUGAAAGCGAUGCCGCCAGCGUGCACUCCACUACCCCGAUAAGCCCCGCUGUGAAGGCGAUGCUUAUCAAGGAGAACCGGAUCCCGCUGAAGGGAUGGAAGGUUAUGCUGUUGAGUCUGCCUGCGACAUUGGACAUCUGCGGGACGACGUUGAUGAAUGUCGGCUUGCUGUUUGUGGUGCCCUCUAUCUACCAGAUGACACGAGGAGCGCUGGUGCUCUUCGUGGGACUGCUCAGCGUUAUCUUCUUGAGAAGGAAACUGCAUCUGUUUCAAUGGUUUGCGCUGUUCACUGUUGUCGCGGGAGUGGCGAUUGUUGGGCUGGCUGGAGCCAUUUAUAAGGAUCAUAAGGCGGCUCCGGCUGCGAUGAUGGUGGUGAGGGAGGCUGUUACUGCUGUUCAUGCUACGGCCAGGACGUCGGAAGCUCUGAGGACUAUUCUUGGAGUAUUCUUGAUUGCAGGAGCUCAGAUAUUUACUGCGUUUCAAUUUGUACUCGAAGAGCACAUUCUCGAGAAGUACGCCCUGCAGCCGCUGAAGGUUGUGGGCUGGGAGGGAAUUUUUGGCUUCUCCAUUACUUCCCUUGCGAUGCUGAUUGGGCACUUGACGAUAGGAAGAACCGCUGCGGGCAAAUACGGAUACUUUGACAUUGUUGAGGCGUGGAGAGAGAUCACGCAGUACAGGGAUAUUGCCAUGUCUAGCAUCUUGAUCAUGAUCAGCAUUGGCGGGUUCAACUUCUUCGGCCUCUCGGUAACGCGAACCGUCAGUGCGACUGCUAGAUCUACGAUCGAUACCUGCCGAACCCUCUUCAUCUGGAUCGUCUCCCUCUUCUUGGGAUGGGAGACCUUCAAGUGGUUGCAGGUCCUCGGUUUCGCCCUUCUAGUCUACGGAACCUUCCUUUUCAAUGGAUUGGUCCGACCGCCUCUCGAGCGUUGCGUGGUACGAGACUACGAGGAGUUGUUGCCCGAGGAGCCAAUUGAGCAUCAUUAG